ACUCCUGGAGUAGUCAGCCAAGGCCCCAAAGGAGACCCUGGUCCUCCUGGGGUUCCAGGCAGAAAUGGUGCCCCUGGCCCUCCGGGACAGCCGGGGAGUCCUGGAGCUCCUGGCCCGCCCGGGAUCUGCCAGUCGUGUCCCAGUAUAAGCGGAGGCAGUUUUUCUCCACAGUAUGACUCCUAUGAUGUGAAGGCCGGUGCAGUUGGUAUCGGUUACCCACAGCCCAUUAGUGGCUUUCCAGGACCCCCUGGCCCCAGUGGCCCCCCUGGCCCACCUGGUCAUGCAGGACCCCCUGGCUCUGCUGGAUACCAAGGUUCCCCUGGCGAACCAGGACAACCUGGCCCUCCUGGACCUCCAGGCCCUGUUGGAAUGAUAGGCCCAGUUGGUCCACCAGGAAAAGAUGGAGAACCAGGAAGACCAGGCAGAAAUGGAGACCGUGGAAUCCCUGGAUUACCGGGUCACAAGGGACACCCUGGAAUGCCUGGGAUGCCAGGGAUGAAAGGUCAACGAGGUUUUGAUGGAAAAGAUGGUGCCAGAGGUGACAGCGGUGCUCCUGGUCCAAAGGGUGAAACUGGUCUUCCUGGAGCUAAUGGAUCACCAGGCCAACCGGGACCAAGAGGUCCAGCUGGUGAAAGAGGAAGACCUGGGAAUCCUGGUGGCCCUGGUGCCAAUGGCAAAGAUGGAUCUCCAGGAGCAGCAGGCACACCUGGUCCCCCGGGUCCCCCUGGAACUGCAGGAUUUCCAGGCUCUCCAGGUUUUAAGGGUGAAGCUGGUCCUCCUGGUCCUGCUGGUUCUAGUGGUAGUCCUGGAGAGAGAGGGGAACCUGGUCCUCAGGGUAGUGCUGGGCCACCCGGGCCACAGGGCCCUCCUGGAAGAGCUGGAAGCCCUGGCAACAAGGGUGAAAUGGGGCCUUCUGGUAUUCCCGGUGCUCCUGGUCUGCCAGGAGGCCGUGGUCUUCCUGGUCCUCCGGGUACAAGUGGAAAUCCUGGAGCAAAAGGCACUCCGGUGAGUUACUAG